AUGGAGAAAUACCCAAAGCCUAUGUCGUCAAAAGCAGCAGAAAUCGAUGAGAACGACCUUGCCAUGUCGCGGGAGAAGCUGUAUCUAUUGAAAGGCAACUAUUUCUACUGCUAUGAUCGGGCAACAAAGCAGUGGCUGAUGGAUUGCAACUGCGGCGUAGGCGAUAUUGAGGCCUGGGAUUUGAUCGGGAAUGAUUAUGUAAUUGCCUCUGGACCCGGGGGAACUGCGAAAAUAACUGUGUCGAAUGUUAUAUCCGAAGGACCCAAGCUGCUUCCUGCCGACAGCAUGCGCGAUUUUCUCGUUCUGAAAUCGGCCGAGCUCAAAGAGUUCUUCAUUGUCGGCGACAGAAUGUUGUGGCUAUACAAAGGUCACCUCGUGCAGACGCGUGUCGAGAGCGCCUUCUUGGACAAACCUCUCGAAGAAGCCCCCGAUUUUCCCGUUGCCGAGAACGGCAUUUACGAGAAAAUCUUGGCAGUGAAUACGAGCACCAAUAUCGUAGUGCUACUGCGCAAUGAUGAAGGGGUGGCCUACCAAAGUUUCGACGUCUCGGUCGAGGAUGCCCCAAUUGAACUCCCACCGCUCGGUUUCUUAAACAAAGCCAGCGUCAAAGAGUUAUUGGACCUGAAGAUUUUGCCCGAUUUAUUUUUGACACCACCCAAUGUCUACCGGCCGGCGGGCCAAUCAGGUGACACGAAGGAUUUCAUGGAAACUUGUUUGACCUUGGUGGACGCUUGCAUCGAUAAAAUCAGCUUCGUGUGCCAUGCCCAAAGGGCACCCGAAUUUGAGCCAGAUAACUGGGAGGUCGUUUGGGGCAGGGGCCAAGUGGAAGAUGAGAUGGUGAAGACCGCGUUUUUGUUCAUCGACGAUCAAGAAUAUUUGAUUGGCAUUACACAGUCAGGUCUGGUCUACGGGCCCGCGAAGGGACAUGGGACGUGGAUGCCAUUUACCGAAGCGGGGAGCGGCGAAGCAAUCGGAGUGUUCGGCUGGGGACAUUUGCCGAGAUACUGGACCAACGACGAUCACUAUUCACCUCUAAUCUACGACUACGAGACCAAGAAGCGCUGGUCGUCCAGUCGUCAUAACCUCAGGGAGAUGCAUGCGGCUAGAGAACUUUGCUUUGGAGUCCAUAUAAACAGCGAUGGCAACGCGAGCAUGGUAGCCAUCAAUGGGGCGAAUGAAUGGUUUCACCUAGCGCUCGAACGGGACGAGGUGGUGACAGUACAACCAGGGUUAAUUGCGCAUCAAAUCGAAAAGGUUGUUGCCGCUCCAUUCGACGACCUGGGCUUCACCUUGAUAGCUGCCGUCGGUGAAUAUCGCGCUACCCUACUCAUCUACCAACCGGAAAAUGAAUUAUUGACAGCCGUCAACGAGCAUGCCGGGACAAAAUUUUGCGAUGCGGGCUUUGCUUUGACGGAAACCAUCAAUGGGGUACGGGUUGCGGUGGCGACGCUCGUUUUGAUGGGGCGGGAAUCACUCGGCUCAUUCGACGUCCUCGAGCUGAUGAUAAAGGGCAACGUUGAAGAUCCGUCUAUGCCGGAAGUGUUGAUACUGAAGCGGACCCGGCGGUGCGGGCCGGGACAAGCGAACUGCAUGUACAUCCCGCAAACGUACGAGUGGUGGGAGGGAUUUUUCUGGAUGUACUACGUCACGGUGGUCGACUGCAAGCGCAAACUGUGCACGGGCGACUGUGGCCAAGGAGACUACAUGGCAAUCGGUCAAUACGGAAUUAUGCCGGAAGCCAAGUGGUUUUCCACCCUGCGCCGUGACGCCGUGGCGAUGAAGCAGGUCCAUUCGAAAGAGCCGCGUUUUCAGAUGACGUUCAAACGCUCGACACAAAAAAGGGGCUCGGAUGUGGAGGUCUAUUAUGUCGAGGAGGAGGGCGACAGCAAAGCGAAAUAUGCACUCUGGAAUGUGGCGCGAACGAAAUUCGCCUUCGGCAAGGUGAAGAUUCCGGAUUUCAGCGACUAUUUUAUUCAGGGCCUGCCUCACUACACGUAUAUCGAUUAUGAUGGCAAAACGAUAUCGCUCUUGAAUCAGGAAAACUUUGUGACGGUCAAAAUCCGGAACACCGAUUCACUAUGGCCGCGAGAGCUAGACUUCGGAAAAGAUCCUUGCUACUUUCUGCAUAAACGUGGAGAGGAGUUUGUUUGGGUCCUCGCUAAAGCAUCCGACGGAACCAAGGAACCAUGCUCUGAUUUCCACGAAACGUCUCUACGGAUGAUGGCCCGGCCCCGCAAUGCGUGCUUUUCGAAGACCGAAAGGAACGAG